AUGCAAAUCCGUGCUUUUGAAGGGGAUAAUGUUCAUAGUAGCCUUUGUUAUCUUGGAGUAUUGGGAUCAACAACAAUCGUAAUUCAAAAAUUCGAUAUCGAAACGUACUAUAGAGCGAUUCAGGAUUACAAAAUUGAUAUCGCUCCAAUUGUACCACCAAUCUUGUUACUUAUGGUGAAAAAUCCUGCUAAAUGUAAUCUAAAAUAUGUUAUGUGUGGGGCUGCUCCUUUAAGUCAAUCUUUGAGCGAUGAUUUUGACAGAAUAUACCAUAUUCCUAUUAAACAAAUUUAUGGACUUACCGAGAUCUCUCCAUUAUCUCAUACUGGACCUCUUGAAAAGCUUGUAAAUGGUUUUAACGAGCUUACAUUAAAAGAAUCAAUGUUAAAAUCGCGUUUAUAA